AUGGGUUCUCCUAACCUGGAGAUGGAGAUCAUCUUCCUCACUCAGGCCAGCAUUGGAAUCCUGGGAAAUUCCUUCCUCCUUUGUCUUUAUAACUUUAUUCUGCUCACCGGACACCAGGUGAGACCCACAGACUUGAUUCUCAACCAGCUGGUCUUCGCCAACUCCCUGGUGCUCUUCUCCAAAGGGAUCCCCCAGACAAUGGCAUCUUUUGGACAGAAAUAUGUCCUGGAUGAUGCUGCCUGUAAAGUUGUCUUUUAUCUUCACAGAGUGGGCAGGGGGGUUUCCCUCAGCACCACCUGCCUCCUGAGUGUCUUCCAGACUGUCAAGCUUUCUUCCAAUUAUUAUCCAAGGUUGGAGAUCAGAAUGAGAUCCCCAAAGUGCAUUGGUUUCUGUUGCUUAUUUGUCUGGAUCCUGCAUCUCCUGUUAAACACGGUAGUUCCUUUGAAUGUGACUCAGCCACUAAAUGGCAAAAAUAUAAGUUUUAUGAGCAGAAAUUUUGGCUACUGCUCUGCCUCCAUUUUAGCUAAAUUUAUAGAUGUACUACAUUUUUUCACAUUUUCUCUCUUUGAUGCAAUAAGUUUGGGCCUCAUGGCCUGGGCUAGUGGCUCCAUGGUCUUUAUCCUACAAAGGCAUAAGCAGCGAGUCCAAUACAUCCACAGCAGCAGCCUGUCCAAGCCCAGACGUUCCCACGAAGCCAGAGCCACAUGCACCAUCCUGAUCCUGGUGAGCUCCUUUAUUGUAUUUUACUCAGUCUCCUCCAUUUUGACUGUCUGUCUUUCUUUGAUGGAUCCGGGCCAGCAGCUUGUGCUCACCUCUUUGCUUGUGACUUCCUGUUUUCCAACAUUCAGUCCCUUUGUGCUUAUCAGCAGUGACACCCGAGUCUACUACUUCUGCUUUUCCCACUCGGAAAGAAAAACAAUAUUUUUUCCAACCUUCUCAUGCAUCAAACAACGUCACUUCUCCCCAGGGAAACCAUCUACUCUCUCCUUAUGA